UGCUUACAUUACUUAUCCAUUCAUUCAUCUCAAAGCAGCCUAAUGCUACAAGAGAGAGAGAAUCCAGCAAACAAGGAAGGAGCUUCUUAGCUCAAGCCAGGCAGUUCAUCAAGCCGGUCCGCCUCCAAGCAGAUAGUUUUCUUCAUGGGGAACUGCACGGCGUCGCAGCGCGCAGUGGAGUCGUGGGCCGACGACGGCGAGUGGGAGGAGGAGGCCUCGUCCUCGGAGGAGGGCGACCACCACCACCACCACCAUGACCAUCGUCACCACGAGAGGCCGGAGGAGCACGCGUCGGAGGUGACCAUCAGGAUCACCAAGAGGCAGCUGCACGAGCUGAUGGAGAAGAGGGCCAGCGGCGGCCAUGGGUUGCAGCUGCCAGUGCUAGGGCUGGGCAGCCGGCGGUCGACGGAGCAGCUGCUGGCGGACAUCAUGAACUCCGGGGAGGUGCACCACCACAGGGAAGAGCACUGGCACUGGAAGCCCGCGCUGCAGAGCAUCCCCGAGGCCGUGGAGUCAUGACACCGGAGAAUUCGAUCGAUCUCGAUCGUGACUAAGGUCGUGUUUGAUUCCUGUCGCGUCGAAUUAAGACGAUUUAAUUAUAAAACUAAUUGCAGAAGCUCUCGAGACGAAUCUAUUAAGUUUAAUUAAUCCAUCGUUAGCAAAUGGUUACUGUAGCAUCACAUUGUCAAAUCAUGGAUUAAUUGGACUUAAUAGCAUCUCGCAAAUUAACAUCCGUCUGUGCAAUUAGUUUUGUAAUUAGUUCAUAUUUAAUAUUUUUAGUAUCCAAACAUUCGAUGUGACAUUCGAUGUGACAGGUUAAAGUUUAGUGCUCGAAGUAUACGGUGGUUCAGAAAUUCUCCUACCACCUCUCAAUGUCAUCUUGGUUUCCGCGUUGUUUUCACCUUGUUCGGGGGUAAUCACUAAUCUGUGUAGAUAUCGAUUUUUUAGAUAUGUACAUAACUGUAGUAGGGAAAUUCCAAUGUAAAGUCAAAUUUUCAGGUGUAGGAAAAGAAUCUGUGAAGGCCAAUUCCUGAA